CAUUGAGAUAAAUUUUUGGAGAAACAAUUAUUGUUAAAAAUCGGGGGACUUGAAAAAAUAUGACUGCGAUUAUUUUUUGCGGGAAAAACAGUUACAGCACUUAAGAUUCUUCCACUCGACUCAUCCUCUUCAAGAAAAUUAAUCAAACAUCGGAACAUCUACCGCCAGCAUCGCAUAUUCUCCCAUCAGAAGUAUUCUCUUCACUCUGAUAACGAUUUACGAGCAUCUCCCCCUCAUCCAUAUCGAUUUUCACUCCCGAAAAACUCUCGGAAUAUCGCAAUUAUAACGUCCUUAUAACAUCACCCCUCCCACAUCAUCGGCCACUCACGAGUUUCAUUACAGAUUACGUCAAGUAGUUUUCCCAGGCUGCAGUCCGGCGGAAAGUUUAUAAUUAAUAGAUCUCAUUAAACUCCCAAAACUAAAAUUAAAUUCCGAUACGGAAGACUGAAUAUUUUCAGAAUUAAUGUCUUAUCGCCCGCUGGGUGAUUACUGACUCAAUUAGCCUCUUUUCUGAUAAGAACUUGAACAUUACACGAAAUUCCGCUCCGGUCCAAAUAUCACCUUCGCUGAAUAAAAAUUCCAGUUGUGUUUAUCUGUUGAUAUCACUAUAGAAUUGUCAUGGAAAUCAUUCAAUGGUCCUCUCUAAUCAUUGAUCAAUCACAAGCCCAACGCGAAUUUCAAGCAAUUAAUUAAUCCGGAAUUUCCACUGAGUUCUUAACAAUUUUCAUAUUUUAUUACUCGGAAAUUCAAGAGUCAUUUUCGGGGGUGUCUGCAAUUGCACUUCACACCCGAACUAUUCACUAUUUUCACCUCAUAAUCUCAACAUUCUCAGUUUUAACUUGUGAUCCGUUGAUCGAUGCGUUACACCCGUUACACCGACGUUACAGCCCUUUCCACACUCCACUCGCGCGUAUUCUUAAAUAUCAAGCUCGUGUGUACGUUUCAGCGGAUGAUUAUUUACACACGGUGUGUGCGUAAACGCCGGGCUUUUCAUUUAUUUACCCUAAAUUCUGGCUGCGUGCGUAGGUGCUAUACCUUCAGUUCCUAUUCAUACUCUUUAUUUCCUUUUUAUUUUCAGUCUACAACAUUCGUCUGGAGGGAGAAAAAAUUUGGAACAACUGAUAAAUUGCUCUUGUACUACACUGAGAUAAAAAUUCAAUAAUAAUCACAAUGCAAUAAAUUACUAAUUAAAAUAAAACAUUUGUCUCCAUAUGAUACCGUCAUUUUUGCCGAUACGUCGGCUCGUUUAAAAAUAUUAUUAUUUCUUUUUCAUGAAAUUUGAUUUUCCCUGUAAAUGCUACUGGUAAUUGUGCAAAUGAUUAUAUUGAGGCCAAGUACUGGGAAUUAUUAAAUUCACCCCACGUUAAAUUUAUCGACUUUUUAAAUUCGAGUGCUCGAGAGAAGCAGACGGAAGUGGAGAACGCGGAAAGUCAUUGGGUUACGAGCGAGGCAACUCCCGGCGGAGUUGGUUUUAUGACGAAAUUUUGGUGAAUCACUGCCACUACUUCCUGAAAUCAUCCUCGCAGGGAGAUUCAGCACUGCCAAGUCCCGACAGGUGUCAGCUUUGUCGCGAAAAAGUAGUGGUUGCCCAAGCGUUAGGGACGUAUUGAUUCGGUUUCCACUGCGGCCUGAGUAGCCGAGAUAUUUUAUCUCUAUUUUAUUUUCCCGGGGAAUCUGUUUUGCAUCGACGCACAAAUAUUAUUUCAAGUAAAAGUUGUUUGAAUCAACACAAAAUUCUCGAUUCCCCCGACAGCGAUUGUUUCAUUUAAAGAGUCAAUAUUUUUUUUAAAUGCAGGAGCACAACUGAGUGUUAAAAAUUAUGUGGACUUCCGGAAUUUCUCCCGAAAAUUUCUCUCUGCUAAUCGAUCAUAUAUUUUUUGGGGCCUAAUGAACGUCAGAGCGUUGGAGAGUAAAAUUAUCUGCGCAUGCAAUCAGCUUGAGAAAUGCAAAAGUUGUUGCGGGAGCGAAAAUUAACGCGCUCAUGGCGAAAAUCGUUGGGGAGGUGAACCGUGAACACCAUCUGCUCAUGAUUCUCCCGACGUCCUCUUUCCAUUUGAGAUUCAUUCAUUAACUAUUGAUGAAUACUCCAACCUCAUCAGAAAGGAAUUCCAAGUAAUUAAGUAGUGGAGAUCGUCUGGAAAAAUGAUCUCAUCAAGGAUUCAACUAUCACCCGAUAACAACUGCGUCGCGUGCCUGGUGGACACGCCUUCAUUAUGAAAAUGGUAAUUUAUACUAAAGAUAAACGGGGUACCAGCCGUGUGGUACAUGUUAUAACUGAAUAAUAAUAAUACAUUUAAUGUCACUCAAUUAACAAAAAGAAAAAAUAAAUAAAUAAAAAACAAAAGGGAAUGAAUUGCACAGCAAUGUUCACGUUUCUUGAACCUGACGGCUGUAGCCGAUAAAAUUUUGAUCACUUUAUCCUAAAAAUUAACUCAUUAUGAUGAAUGGAUCCGGUGGGGCAGAAAUGUCCAAGUCAACCGAUACAUUGUCAUCUCAAGAAGAUGAGAGCCCGUGGCCCUACGAUGUGACAGCUGAAGAGUCGGAAAAAAUCCGAGAAUCUCAGGCGUUUGCCAUCGCCCAAAAAAUCUCCCACGAGAUCAUCGAUGAGGCAAUCAAUAAGGGCUAUAGAAAAUUUUUAGCGGACCAGAGUUAUGCCUACGUGGUGCAUUGCAGCUAUCUUGCUUGGGUAGAAUUCUUCGAGAAAAUCAGUUCAUCUGAGGGUUUCAUCUUCAACUUUGGGCAGUCGGAAUUGCCAGUUAAGUCUGGAGCAUGCGAUACUUGCACGUGUAGAAAAGAUAACAGACCGAAAAGGGGAGAGGAACGUGAGGAGAGAAUUUCAGAAGUGAAAUAAAGACGGAGAAUUAGAUUUUUAACGGAAUAAUGAAGAUUUAGCGAUGUUAUUCACACGAGAUUAAUUAUUAUUAUUAAAUCUUCAUAUUAGCACUGUAUUUUUCGAUGUGAAAAUGAUUGGCUGCCAAAAUACAUGAUCAAAUGUCUCAUCUGAUACCAUUGAACACACACUAUUGCUUCACGUUCACCUAUAC